GCCAAGUUGCUUCCCUUCUCUAACCUUGCCUUGCCCGCCGAGGGGAGAAACACCUCCAGCACACACCUCUACUCAUACACCAGUGGUACAUAUUAGCUGACCUCAUUGACCACUACAUUCCUCUCCCCUCCACCUGCAAGGCGCUCAUUACACAUUCCUCGGAGCAAUGGCCGGACCAUCAUCCAACACCACGCAGCGGUUACUGCGCGAGUUGAAAGACUACGCCAAGUCACCCAACGAAAACCUCCUACACCUAGGACCUGUCAAUGACGAGGAUAUCCUCCGCUGGGAGGCCGUCCUAAAGGGCGUAAAUGGGACUCCGUACGAAGGCGGCCUCUGGCACCUCCGAAUCGCAAUCCCAUCAAAUUACCCCCUCGCACCACCGACAAUCCACUUCACGACGCGGAUAUCCCACCCAAACAUCUCCUUCGCGACCGGCGAGAUCUGUCUGACCCUUCUUACGACGGAGCACUGGAGUCCCGUCUACACACUUUCGUCCACCCUGACCGCUAUCCACCAGCUCCUGACGGAUCCGCAGCCGGACUCGCCGUUGAACGUGGAUGUUGCGGCGCUUCUGCGUGACGGCGAUAUACCGGCGUGGGAGAGCGUGGUGCGGUAUUGGACUGGUGAGGAGCGGUGGCAGGGUAGUGCGGCCGUGGGACGGUGAGACGUCAAUCACGAUGGAUAUAACUGCGAUUCUGAGGGUUUGAUAGCGGAUUGAGGGAAUUGGAUUUGCGAGGAGGGAUAUGUAAGUGAUUGGUUCUUUUGGUGGACAGUAAUUUCGGCCGCGCUUGGUGGCGCAUACAUACCCCACUGCACAUUCUGAUGUUCUCUAUAUAUUGACUUACUAUAAACGAUGAUUCUUUACUACUUCUUAACAGCAUUGAUACGCAACUGUGGAAGAAAUAAAAGCUCUUU